AUUAGCCAGUGAAGCCUUACCUGCAUCUAAAUCUGACAACAUGAAACAAACUUAGGUUGUCACUUUUCCAGUGAGGAAACAUAAAAGUAUGCAGUAUAUUUCUUAAUGCCAUUUGAUUAAAGACCAUCUCCAUCUCAGUAUAAGACAGUUCAACUUCACAUAUAGUAAAUACAUUAAUAAAAAUGUUUUGGUGACAAAAAAUAUAGGAAGCUUGAAAAGCAGGAAUCAAAGUGAAACGGCAGCAUCUGUUGGUCAUAAAAUACAAAUAAAUAGGCUAAUGAAAGAGAUAAUAAAAUGAAUAAUAAUUCAUAAUUAGUCCAAAAAAUUAAAUUCUGUCACAAUUUACUCAAGUGAACUAUCCAUUUAAUGAAAUAAAGAAAGCUUUUGCAGGCAGAUUGUCUUUUACGUUUUUUCCUCUUUUAUUUUAGAUUGAUUGCUAUGCAGUCAAUAGUAUGUCAGAUGAGCAACUACUGACAUACGUCCCCAGAUUUGGAGACCGGAUAGCAAUAAGGCAGUACUGCAGAAGAGAAGUAGCUGCAUUAGAUGGAAAUACCACAGUAUCUAAAGCCACAGAAAACCUCAUGGCAAAAUUGCAAGGAAAGCGGGACAGAAAGAGGAAGUAUUGUGAUAAUCGUUCAGAAAAACUCAGUGGAAACACAAAUGCCCAAAAAACUGAGCGAAGUUACCAAAUGGGACUGUUUGAAGAGGUCCGUGGCUCCUUCAUCCAAAUCAAAGAAAAACGAGGUGGUGGAACCAGACACUUAAAGGCUUUAAAGAGUGCUACCAUGGCAGAACUUUUGGAGUGUGGCAAGGAGCUGUUCUUUCCAAAUGGAAAAAGUAAAAUAGGGUAUGUAGAUGAAUUUGAGCUGAAAUUAAGAGACUUCACAGAAGAAGAAGUAGAUCCACAAACAACAUUAUGUGAACAAUAUGAAAUGAGGAAGGUAAAGAUACUGAGACUGUAUCUGUCUUGCAAGAGGACAGACACAACUGCAAGCACAAGCAUUCAAAAAGUAGAUGAGUAUGUAACUGAUGGUCCUUCUACCUCUGCCGUGCCAUGUGAAUGCGAUGAAGAACCUGUUGCCAUAACUGAGGACAACAAUUCCAUCAUAGAUUCAUCAUUUUUGUCAGAAGAUGGUGUAGUGAUCAUAGAACCAGGUAUAAUGAAUGUAAUGCACAGUUCAAUUUCAAUUGAUGAAGAAGUUCAGUUUGGAUAUACUGUUUUGCAAGACAGUACAAUACUGGAUGACACUCUGCCAAUGGACCCUCCUGAAAUAGUGCAAGAUGAGCCACAGCCUACCAAGUUAAGGCUUCGCAGGGGAAACAUUUUCCAAGAUCUUAAUGCAGCUUUCACAAAUGGCUUAAUAUCUGUCAAUGACUGUCAUGUAGAAACUGAGAUGGUUCUACCUAAUGGUAGCACUGAGAAAGGAGAAGACAAUGGUGGAAUUCUCAGAGAUGCACUGAGUGAGUACUGGGGUACUUUUUUCAUGAAAUGUACAGCAGGAAGCACAUUAAAGGUACCCAUGACAAGACAUGAUAUGAAAGAUGAAUGGGAAAACGUAGCUAAAGUGAUGGUUCUUGGUUACAAUACUGUCCAAUACUUUCCCAUUGUAUUGGCCAAGCCUUUUCUGUGUUACUGCCUUGGACUUGAAAUUAACGAGGAUGAGCUCUUUACAGCAUUUUUGGAGAUAGUUCCUCAAGAGGAAAAGCAGCUUGUUGAAGAAGCAAUGAAAGACUUUACAUGUGUCUCUGAAAGAGAAGAAUGGGUCGAAUUCUUGGAAGCUCAUGAUGUGAAACUUGUUAUCACAGAAAAAAAACGCCAAGCAGAUCUUACUUGAUGUGGCACACAAAGAAAUUGUGCAAGAUCCAGCUUACAUAGCAGAGUGUUGGAGUCCAGUUUUGAAAGAACUGAAACUGCCACCAGGAGGACUGAAUGAACUGAUGAUCAGCCUUACUCCAACAGCUAGGAAAGUUGUUGCCAUACUAAAACAUGAAACACUGAACAACAGAGAAAGCCAGAUCAUGGAUUAUCUGAAGAGGUUUAUCAAUAACUCCAGUGAUGUUCGGCUCAGGAAGUUUCUGCGUUUUUGCACAGGAGCUAAUCUCCUUGUUGCAAAGUUUAUUCAUGUCCGGUUCGUUCAGCCAAAGAGUUGCUUCACAAGAAGUCCCCAGUCACACACCUGUGGAUGUGUGUUGGAAGUUCCAAAUAAUUAUACUUCGUACCUUGAGCUUGCAGAAGAGUUUGCAAAUGUCCUUGAUGCAAACAUAUGGGUGAUGGAUAUUGCAUAAAGGUGGCCAGACAGUAUAUGCAGCAGCAGCAGCAGCAGAACCAAGUUAUUCCAUCUUGUAUUAUUUUAUUGAUACAACACAAUUGUUCUAAAAAAUGUUCUUAAUUUUACAAAAGCAAUAAUGUUAAAAGAUUA